AAUUGUAUAAACAUAUAAGCGGCCACACUGCUCAAGUGAAAAGUAGCAGGGAAAAUGGGAUGCGAAAAUAACUGAGAUUCAGGAGAAUAUAACCACAGGAGGCAGGGAAACAUAGUCGCCACAGACAGCAGGACACACACGGACCGCCUAGCACAGCCGACAGUCAGGCAGGAGAUUCUGGCAUCAAGAAUAGUCCACCGCUUCGCGUCCGCCUUUGCAAUUAAAUGGCAAAUGGGAGUGCGACUGAAGCGGCGGCCACGGCCACCCCGCAGCAGCGGAUUGCCCAAGCAGCGCAGCAGGCGCUCCUGCCAGAGGUGACGGUGUCCUCCAAGGAGAACGCCUCCUCGGCUCUAGGUGUGACAGAUCUCGUGGCAGACGUUUGCAUCCAUGGCCGCGGUGCUGACUACUCCAGCAUGCGGUCCUCCACGUCCACGAGUGGAGCGGGAUCGGGAGCAGCCUCUUCGUCUUCGUCCUCGUUCUCAUUUAAACACUUUCUUAGCAGCACGGGUACUGUGACAGCUCCAACAAGCACGGUAACAUCGGCUGCUGUGCAGACAUCUACGGGCGCCCGACCCAAGGUGCCCCAGUCAGCCUCCGCCUCCCACAUGCAGCCGCCGGACGUGAACGGCAGCAGCGCAUCCUCCAGAAUGAAGAGAUCUCCGCGCUUCAGCUCUUUUGACUCGCAGGCGAGUCUGGCUGAGUACGCAUCCUGCGCGGGAGCUUGUGCCUCCACCAGCAGCGGUGGGUCCCAACACCGCUUGAGACCGGAUCUUCGGUUGAGCCAUGACGCCGUACAAGAUGCACUUGACAACGACGACGACGAUCACGUGGCUUUGGCCCAAAUGCGCAACACUGGCAGGCAUUACGACGAGCGAAUAGAUGAUGAUAUUUUCCCAUCCGCCGCUUCCAACCAGCAACCCGCUCUUAGCACACGCUACGUACCACGCUCGUACUCCAACUACGAAAUGCCGUGCCCCUCAACAUCACCGCGACGUAGACCAACUGGAAACCGCGACCAACGUCCCACGCGACUAGUUUUAUCCACAGGCCCCAAAAUGAAGCUUGACCUUCCCCUGGAAUCGUGCAACGCAGCGAGUGGCGGAGCAGGCCCUGGUGUUGCUGCAGCGUCUGGCUUGCCUGAUUUCGUGCAAGAUCACCUGCCAGAUGCUUGGUGCGCUGGUCAGGAUGCCCUGAGCUCGCCCCCCAACUCGCCCCUAGGAGGUGCUGAGGAGUCGAAUGGGGCAGUAGGACUACUGCCGUCGUCCCUCGCACUCAGGGGUCCUCUUUCUGCCGCUCUCCCUGGUCCGCCCGGCGAUCCUUCUACCAGCUCGACCGUUAAAAUGCUGCCUGACUUCCUAUCCGACGGCCCUAUAAUUCACUCGUCUCAACGAUUGGCCGACGUGGCUAUUGGGCUGCCCUCCAAUUCCAUUGACUCGCCUCCUCAGGAAGCAGUUGGUGCUUUACAACUUUCGACUCUGCGACAGGAGAAUGAGCGUCUGCAGCGGGAGCUGCAGGAGGCUCGAGCGGAACUUAAUGUUCAGACCAGGCGGGCCAGCGACUUUGAGCAGCAGCUACUGCAGCUUUCCGAAACCGCGCGGCGACGUGAGGCUCUGGCAACGACUAACACACAAACCACGCAGCAUCUGAGACGCCAGUUGGCCCAAUUGGAGUCGGAGCUUAGCACCUUAAGAGGCAGCGGCGGGUCUGAUUGUGCCGCGGGAGGAGUCCCAGUUACUACUCCUGGUAGCGAAGGCAGCGGGAUCAGCUCCAUUCGACCGUCCAGAACGCACCAUUUGUCAAGGGAUCUUUUGCGAGCCGCGGACACUGCGGAGCAGAACCUGAGGCAACUCCUGACAGGCGUUGAUAAUCUGCGCCAGAUGGCGGCCAACUUGGAACAGCCCGCCCAACCAACAACAACGCCCCGAAGUCCCGACCUGUACACCGACUUCAACUGAACUGCCCGGGAUCGGCUCAUCGGAGGGGCUCAGCUGAUAUUGGUUAUUGUUGUUUUGUGUAAUCACUGUAGGCCACGACGCCGCAUAGAGCUUGUUUUUAGAAGACGCAGCGAAUAUUUUAUGUUUCCGUAUAAUCUGUUGCAUUGGGUUAAGAAAAGUCGGAGGAGUCUGUAAUGGAUAGGGAGGGGCAAUGUGAGAAUCAAAGCGCAAACUCGUGAUGUUGGUUGAUAAAGCAAAAUAUAUAAUUCGUACUUCAUAAAUCGAUAUAGCAUAUUCAAGGACCUACCUAAUAUCAACGGCUAAUGUAAAUUACACUAAAAUGUUAAAUGUCCGCCACCCAGAUCAAACAGCGCCUUGAGUACGGGCUAAGGAGCCUGCGCAGCGAUUAGUAAGGAGCGAUAAAUGCGAUAUAUUUUUUGUUAAAAACAAAGGAUUACCUGUGCACUUCAGUAGUUUGUGCUUCAGUACAUAGCAAACAAGAAUUGAAAUAAAUUAUUAUGAGACAA